AUGACCACCCCAACACCGAUCUGUUCCCAGACUUUGAUGAUUCACAACUUUUUCAAGUACCUGCGCAGCAAAGGGCUGCGCACGUAUUUCAACGAUCACCCGUUUCCCGUCGCCGGCCGUGGUGCUGGAGGGCUGCAAACAUCACCAGAGGAGGUGGCGUUCCGAUGGAAGGGCCUGACGGACUGGAUGGCUCGCGGCCUCACUUUCUGGUGGUUCGACCCCAACUGGGGGAUAUCGAUCCCCCCUCCCCUCACGAAUCAAUCCGGUACCGCGGGCAACUGGAAUCGUGGGCUCGGCAACGCCGCCUGGGGGUCCCACGUCUACUACUCCGUCGUGGAGCGCUUCCGCUCCGAGCUGGCCGGGGCGGGCCGCGGCCGCGGGCUCGCGCUCUCCAAGUUCGCCCGGGACGACGCGCGGCCCGGCGUGGGCCCCAAGGGCUCGGGCCGACCCCCCGAGAGCCCCGCGCAGCACCGGUACCCCGUGUGGUGGACGGGCGACGGCGUGAGCAUGCAGGCCAGCGUCGAGUCGAUGGUGGACUGCGGCGUCCACGACUUCAAGCCGUUCGUGCACUCCGACUGCGGCGGGGACUACCGCGGCUCGGGCGGCGACCUGCUGCGGUGGACGGCGCACUGCGCCCUCGGGACGAUCCUGCGCUACCACGGCGCGGACCACAGGCCGUGGACGUACAGCGCGGAGGUGGAGGACGUGGUCAGGGCGUACAUCAACAUGCGCUACAAGCUUCUACCGAUGCUCAUCGCCGCGGGCCGCGAGGCGACCCGGAGCGGCUUCCCGCUGGCAGCGCGCGGUGACCUGUACUGGCCCGAGCAGGCAAGCAGCAGGAGGAAUGACCAGUACAUCUUCCUGCAGGACCUGCUCGUGGCCCCCAUCACGAGCAGCGACGCGAACAUUACCGGCAGACAGGUCUGGAUCCCGCCAGGCGGCUGGCAGGAUGUGUGGUCGGGGGAGGUUCUCCAGGGCCCCGCGGAGAUUAACACUUCGCAGCCGUACGAACGCCAGCCCAUGUAUUACCGGCGCGACGGUGGCAUCUUUGUCACCUCGGAGGAUGUGGCAAAGCGGGUCGGAGACCAGAAAUGGGACGCACUCGUUUUAGACGUGUUCCCUGCAGAGUCAGAGCUUGAUACGAGCCGAUUUAUCUACGAGCGGCUCCAUGACUCCAUCACCGCAGUCUUGUUGGCCACCAACGGCUGGGGACAAGUCGAGGUGAAGGUUAGAGCGCGUGUUGCUCGCAGGUGGACUGUGCGAGUCCAUCUUCGCCCUGGCCAGUCCAUCGAGAGAGCGUUUGUGGAUGGCCACGCGAGCGACAAGGUCACAUUCAUCGAGCCUCUCGAUUCCGACCCAGGCGCCCUUGGGUAUUUCCCGUUUGGUUCUUCCAGCGACCCACCAGCACCAAUGGCGGGACCGGUAGCAGCCUUCCACUUGGGCAGAACACCCAUAGCGCAGCAGGCAGGUAGUGCCGCGCAGUCCAAUAUUGAGUACGAGGUCGCAUUGGUUUGUUGUGUAAAGCAGCCUGGGAGCUUGGUUCCAGGCUGUUUGGUCCAAGGCUGGUCCAGCAGUUUUUUCAUUGUACUAGUUGUCUCCGUCGCUCUGGCAAGCGGCUUAUUUGCGAUUUUCAGGAGCGUCGUACGUGCCCGUGCGGGUUACCGUCCUGCUUAUGAGCCAGGUGAGCAGCAAUUAUUGCAGGAUCGGAGCAAAAAACGCCCCGAUAGAGCACCCCCUGCAAAGCCCUUCCCCCCAGCCCGUUGA